UGGAAAGUUGGUGGACUGGGACAUGACAGCAGAUAUGCCGAUCAUCCGAAGAUUUGCGCACCGGACCAACAAUUGCAAAUUUGUCGUUGAUAAGAUAUUUCGGCGCGCUUCCAAAAUACAAAAGGAGAAAAGCUGUUUUGUCAUAAUGGGAGUAACGUGUGUGACCCAGUGGCCAGUUACAGAUAACAGGACUGUACCCCAAGCUGUUGAAGUCCUCACAAAGCGUCUUGAUGCGUUUGGUGCCACAAAAACAGGAAAUUUUGGUGUUGACUGUGAAACCUACCAGUCAGUUCCAACAAAUGUUCCACCCAAGUAUAUCCAUGUCAUGCACAACAAAGAGCAACCAUAUACAUGCUAUGCAGUAACAGACAAUAGAACCUGUCUUGUCUGUGAGAACUCUUUUGAAGCAAUCAUGCAUCGACUCAAUGGAUUCUAUGUGCCAAAGAAAACAGCGAGGAUAGAGUCAAAAGGAACUCGUUAUGAGAUGGGUGAUUUCAUUGUUAAGAUUGGAAUAGUUUCUCUAGGACCCCAUGCAAGAGGAGUACUUGUUGAGGUGGAAUACACACCAUGUGUCAUGAUUCAAGACUGCUGGCCAUUAAUGGUCGAGUUUAUGCAAGGUUUCAUGGGAGCUCAGUACACCCCAAGCCAGCCUCCAACGUUAAUUGCCAAACCAGAGGUACCGUUCAGCGCUGAAGAUACUGUCUUUCAGUAUCUAGAACAGUUUGAAACCUUCGUCAGGAGAGGAUCUAGCACGGCAACAGUAAGGUGAUGUCAUUACUGAAACUAUAACUUCUCCUUGUGUAAUGAUGGCUAGGAGACGGUUGGACAUACAUGUAGUUUCUACAUUUUAUAUUGAGGACCUCUAGCAGAACCUGUUAAUGAUCAGUUGCCUACCCCGAGGUGCUAUAACUUAACCACUACUCCAGAGAGUUUAGACUAAAAACUGAAGAAAUACAAAUAAGUGUGAGCUCUUUCUAAGCUUUUGUAUAGAGGUGACGUACUGAUAUGAAUCUAAGGUAUUUACAGACAUUGAUAUUACAAUAAUUGUUCACAUACUUCAUGGAUAUUUACUUAGCUUAUAUUUCAUAUUCAAAUGCUUGGAAGUAAAUAUGGUAAAAAAAAAAGGAAUGAAAGGAUGAGAGGUGAGUAUUGAUUAAUGAUAAUUGGAAUUGGUACCCUACUACAACUUGAGAUGGAGUUCAUUUAAAUGAAAGGUCAAGUCCACCCAGAAAAAUGUUCAUUUGAAUCAAUAGAGAAAUAUCAAACGAGCAUAAUGCUGAAAAUUUCAUCAAAAUCAGAUGAAAAAUAAAAGUUCUGACAGUUUAAAGUUUCACCUAUUUUUUACAAAACGGUGAUGCACAACCCAGUGAUAUGCAGUCGAUGAUGUCCCUCACUAUUUCUUUUGUUUUUUGUCGUUUGAAUCAUACAAUGUUUUACAGAUUUGACAAUAAGGACCAACUUUACUGAAUCAUAAAAUGUUAAAAGAAUGGUCAUUCCACAUAUUCAGUGAGGAGGACACCAUUUCACAGGACAAUGAGGAGCAAAUUAGAAUACAAUACAUGUACAUGUAUGUCAUAUUACAUAAAUACAAAAGAAAUAGUGGAUGAUGUCAUCAGUUCCCUUUAUUUGCAUACUGACCAGGAUGUGCAUAUAACUGUUUGUGAAAUAAAGCAAAACUUAUGGCCCCAUCACAUCGUUCUGUGCAAGCCUUGCAGGUAACUAUUUUUGCUACCCGCAAUGACAGUAUCUCGCAGGCAUGUUGCCUCAUUUGCCCGCAGAAAAGUUUUGAACAUGCUCAAUACUUAUUCCGGGUGAUUAGCGGGUGAUUGCUUACAGGUAAAUGUUCCACACAGAACAGGUACGAGACCCGUUAUUCACACGCAGUUAACCCGCUUGAAGUAUGCAGAUUGCCCACGGAUCUCUGGGUAUGCGCGUUAUCUGUGGGAAUUUUAUGUGCAAAAUACAGGUGAAUUACUGACGUGUAGCUGGUGAGUUCUGAGCUGGCGAGGCAAGAGUAAAUCGCGUGCACGUUGAGGGCGAACUACUGUCUUUCUAUUGGUCAGUUACGGGUUGGUUGCGGCCAAGAAAAUUACGUUUUUUGAGCACCUCUGCUAAUCACCAAGGUGAUAUCACCAGGCAACCCACACGCAAGUAACUUGAAGAUUUGACGCAGGUUGGCAGUAAAUAACACGCAGGGCACAUACGUCACCCGCAACUUACCCAAAGCUUGUACGCGCCACCCUCGCCCCUCGGGCACAUGCAAUGCAGUGUGCACGCGAGUCGACAGUAAAUUGCACGCGUCCGGCACGCAGAACGUGAAAAUUUUGUUGCGUGUUGGAAAAUAUCUGCCUGCAACUCACCCGCAAGGUUUGCAUGGAAUGAUGUGAGAGGCCUUUAACCCUAAAUAGACUGGGCUAUUUCAGAGCCUAAGAAGACUGCGAAAAAUCUCAUUGCUAAUUAAUUAUGCCAAUUUAUGCGUAAAAUCAAGCUUGCUCUAGAUAAUAAGCUAAAUAAUGCCCCUAAAAUGCUAAUUUUGGAAUCAGUCUCUAUAGGAAUCUGAUCAAAUGUAUUUAAUAAAAAUUCAACAUCCCAUUUAUUUUUCUAUGUAUUUUAUUGUUUUCUAAAUUUCUUUUGUAUUUCUUUGUUUUUGGACGUUUUUUUUGUCUCGCCUGCAAAGCAGAGCGAGACUAUAGGCGCCGCUUUUGCGACGGCGGCGUCGUCAACAUUGAAAUAUUAAAGGACAAGUCCACCCCAACAAAAAGUUUAUUUGAAUAAAAAAAAGACAAAUCCAACAAGUAUAACACGAAAAUUUCAUCGAAAUCGGAUGUGAAAUAAGAAAGUUAUGACAUUUUAAACUUUCGCUUAGUUUCACAAAAUAGUUAUAUGCCCAUCCUGGGUGGUAUGCAAAUGAGGAGAAUGAUGACGUCAUCCACUUACUAUUUCUUUUGUAUUUUAUUAUGUGAAAUAUUCUUAUUUUCUCCUCAUUAUCAAGUGAAACAACAAUGAAUUCCUUCCUGAAUAUGAGGAAUUAUCAUUUUUUAAUACUAUAUGGUUCACUCAUGUUGGUCCUUAUUGUCAAAUCUGUAAAAAAUGAAAUGUUGUAUGAUUCAAACAAUAAACAACAAAAGAAAUAGUGAGUGACAUCAUCGACUGUCUUAUUUGCAUGUCACUGAGCUGUACAUAUCACUGUUUUGUGAAAAAAUAAGCGAAACUUCAAACUGCCAUAACUUUCUUAUUUUACAUCCGAUUUUGAUGAAAUUUUCAGCGUUAUGCUAGUUUGAUUUUCUCUACUUAUUCAAAUCAACAAUUUUCUGCUGUGGACUUGACCUUUAACCAAGGUUAAGUUAUUAAAAUGUCAUCAGAAUGGGACCUAGUUCAUGAAACUUGGACAUAAGGGUAAUCAAGUAUUACUAUACAUCCUGCCCGAGUUUCAUGUCACGUGACCAAGGUCAAAGGUCACUUAGGGUCAAAGAACUUGGACCAUAGUGGAGGAAUCAAUAUUGAAAUCUUAACCAAGGUUAAGUUUUUGAAAUGACAGCAUAACUUAGAAAGUAUAUGGACCUAGUUUAUGAAACUUAGAUGUAAGGGUGAUAGUGUAUCACUGAACAUCCUGCCUGAGUUUCAGUUUACAUGACCAAGGUCAAAGGUCAUUUAGGGUCAAUGAACUUUGGCCAAAUUGGGGAUAUUUGCUGAAUUACCAUCAUAACUUUGAAAGUUUAUUGGUCUAGUUCAUAAAACUUAGACAUAAAGAGUAAUCAAGUGUCACUGAACAUCUCAUGCGAGUUUCAGGUCACAUGACCAAAGGUCAUUUAAGGUCAUUGAACUUUGGCCAUUUUGAAGGUAAUUAUUAGAUUGCUGUCAUAACUUUCUAAGUUUAUAGUUUAUAAAAUGUGGAUAUUGGGGUAAUCAAAUAUCACUGACAAGUCUUGGGUCGCAUGAUCAAGGUCAAAUGUCAUUUAUUGUCAAUGAACGUAGUAUUGUCUCAUAUGAAUGGUGUUUUUUUAAUAAAAUUAUUAUACAGUAGUUUUCGAAGUCAGCACUGCUGCUAUAUUGAAUCGCGUGAUGCAGGUGAGACUGCCUGAGGCGUAAUCAAGUAUCACUGAACAUCCUGUGCGCAUUUAAGGUCACAUGACCGAGGUCAAAGGUCAAUGAACUUUGGCCAUAAUGGGGUAUCUGUUGAAUUACCAUCAUAACUUUGAACGUUUAUGGAUCUGAUUCAUGAAACUUGGACAUAAGAGUAAUCAAGUAUCUUUGAACAUCCCGUCUGAGUUUCAGGUCAUAUGACCACGGUCAAAGGUCAUUUAAGGUCAAUGAACUUUGGCCAUGUUGGGGGUAUUUGUUGAAUUACCAUCAUAUCUCUGUUAGUGUAUUGGUCUAGUUUAUAAAACAUUUACAUAAGAGUAACCAAGUAUCACUGAACAUCUUGCAGAGUUUCAGGUCACAUGACCACGGUCAAAGGUCAAUGGACUUUGGCCAUGUUAGGGGUAUUUGUUGAAUUACCAUCAUAACUCUGUAAGUAUAUUGGUCUAGUUAAUAAAACUUGGACAUAAGAGUAAUCAAUUAUCACUGAACAUCUCAUGCGAGUUUCAGGUCACAUGACCAAAGUCAAAGGUCAUUGAACUUUGGCCAUUUUAGAGGUAAUUAUUAGAUUGCUGUCAUACCGUAACUUUCAAAGUUUAUAGAUAUACAGUGCGUAUAAAAAAAAACGGGACAGAUUUGAAAAGUCUAUAAAAUUUUAGUUUCAAAUUAUUAUGUCUAUAUUUUGGUGUUAAUAGGUGCUCUAAGGUCUUGUCUUUCAAAUGCUAUUAAAAAAAUUUAGUUUUGUUCAUGCUUGAGCGAACACGGGACGUUUUUGUUGGGGGUUCAAAAAGAGGCUUGCACCAGAAUUGCAGAAUAUGAGUGAUAUGAUGAUCAGACUUCUUGAUAAUUAGCAGACUUCCUCUUGACCUUUUCAUUAUCUUUGCCAUAAUUUUCAAAUCAUGCGGUCAAAAUUCAUUUUCAGAUCUAUUUGUUUGCUUGAAUUAUUUUGUUAUUUCUUUUUAAUAUGCUCUCUGUUAGCUUUGAAAAUUCCUUCUUCAAGCUAAUUCUUUUUUUUUUUCAACCGAAUUAUGGGAGAGCAUGGAAUUUUUAUUCAAAUCCUUUCAUUAUGUGCUACAAAGGUUAUGGUGCCUUUUGAACAAAGCCACACAGAUGGUCGGGCGCUUGGGUUGCUCCCCCUCCCCCUCAAUUAAAAAAAAUCAUGACCGAGAAAAAAAAGUGGACAGGAAAUAAAAGGAAAGAUAGAAAGUAAAAUAUAUUAUUUUCUGAAUAUUAUGUCAAAAUCCAUCACAAAAUUUGAUAUUGUAAUUAAAAAAAGUGGGAAUAUUUGCGUGCUCACUUCGCUCGCUCACAACUUUUCAAUACAUUUUACCCGAUCUGCCAUAUCUAGCUCCUUCAAAAUUGAUUCAAUACACCAUUGUCAUUGAAAGACAUGAAUCCCUUCCUGUGUUUCCUGCCAAGCAAUUAAACUUAGUCAAUGAUUUAAUGACCCAUUGAAAAAUAGAUUCAUGCCUUUUAAAGGUACAUAACAUAAUUUGUUUCACAUAAUAAAACGAUUUGAAUAAUCUCAAGUUUUCCCAAUUAUAAUAAUUUAAAUCUUCUUGCUUGGGUUGAAAAAAAAAUCUUCUUUUCUCAGUUACUUAUGACGGAAAAUUAAAAGGUAAGAGAAGUUUAAAUGAAAAACAAAAUAAUUCAAUUAAAUAGAUAACUUUGUAAAUGAAAUUCGACAGCAUAAUUCGAAAAUUGUGGCACAGGUAAUGAAAAGGUCAAGAGGAAGUCUCCUGAUUAGCAAGAAGUCUGAUCAUUGUAUUACACAUAUUCUGCAAUUCUGGCGCAAGCCUCUUUUUGAACCCCCAACAAAAACGUCCCGUGUUCGCUCAAGCAUGAAUAAAAUAUAUAUUUUUUAAUUGCAUUUCAAAGAUAAGACCUUAGAGCAUCUAUUAACACCAAAAUAUAGACAUCAUUAUUUGAAACAAAUAUUUUAUAGACUUUUCAAAUCUGUCCCGUUUUUUUUUAUACGCACUGUAGUGUAUAAAAUGUGGAUAUAGGGGUAAUCAAGUAUCACUGACAAGUUUUAGGUCACAUGAUCAAGGUCAAAUGUCAAUGAACCUAGUAUUGUAUCAUUAUAUGAAUGGUGUUUUUUGUGAAUAAUUAUUUUAUAGUAGUUUUCAAAGUCAGCACUGCUGCUAUUGAAUCGCGUGAUGCAGGUGAGACAGACAGAGGCAUUCCACUUGUUUUUCAAUUUGCUCUAAUUUCUUUAUUUCUGCAUAAAUUGUAUUCAUAUUUGGUGCUUAUGAUCCUUGGGUAAUCCCAUAUGUGAGGUAAUGAUGGUGUUAAACAUUAUCUAGGGGUCAAAAGGGCGAAUGAUAUGAGGUCACGCCUAUCUUUUUAAAAACUUUCUGUUCAACGUGCUGUCAUUUCCUUAUUUCUGCAUCAAUUUUGAUCACACUUGGUUCAAAUGAUCCUUGGGUAAUACCACAUAUGUGUUUAUGAGGUUGAUGGGGUCAAAGGUCAUCUAAGGGUCAAAACAUCAUAUUGCGUAUAUUCUAUUGAUAAAGAAAUCAGGCAAACUCAA